AUGUCUAACAAUGAGCCGAAGGCUCCUGUCGGCACAGGCGAGGUCGAAAAUGGUUACACCUACCAUGGCUCGGGCACCGAGGACGAUCCAUUUGUGGUGGAGUUCCAAAAAGACGACCCCGGCAAUCCGAUGAACUGGGGUGAGUCCCGCAAAUGGUUCAUUGCAGCCAUUGCGACCCUCUCGGUCUUCGCUGUGACCUUUACUUCCUCUGCAUACUCGGUAUCGGCAAAUGAAGUCUUUAAGGACUUUGACAUCAGCACCGAGGUCUUCAUUGUCGGGCUUUCCCUCUUUGUGCUCGGAUUUGCGAUUGGUCCUGCCCUAUGGGGUCCUUUGGUAAUAAGUCUCGAUGGUGCCAUCCUAUACGCAUACUAUACACAUAGAGCUAACAUUGGCUCAAGGUCCGAACUAUACGGAAGACAGAGUCUCUGGAUUAUCACUCACACCGCCAUGGUCGCCUUUCUGGGAGGAUCCGCAGGUAGCCAAAACGUGGCUACACUCCUCAUCCUGAGAUUCUUUGCCGGCACAUUUGGCGGCUCGCCACUCGUCAACUCUGGCGGAACAAUUGCCGAUCUCUUCCCACCUGCUCAACGUGGUCUGGUAUUGACCAUCUAUUGUGUUGCGCCCUUCCUCGGUCCCAUUUUGGGGCCCAUAGUGGGUGGUUUCGUGUCUGAGAGCGUCGGGUGGAGAUGGGUCCAAGGUGUCUGCGUGAUCUUCAUUGGCGUAGUCGGCAUUCUGGGAAUCGUCUUCAUUCCUGAGACAUACGGCCCGGUGCUGCUUCAGCGACGGACGCAUCAACUGGCCAAGGCUGAUGGUAAGGUCUACGUGAGCGUCUUGGAAAAGAAUCAAGGAAAGAAGCUGCCAUCGGAAGUCUUCAAGCGUGCUUUGUUCCGUCCCUGGAUCUUCUUGUUCCUCGAGCCCAUCGUCCUGAUAGCGUCAGUUUACAUGGCUAUUAUUUACGGCACAGUCUACAUGUUCAUGGGUGCCAUGCCCAUCGUGUACAAUGAAGACCGUGGCUGGAGCGUGGGCAUCGGCGGACUGGCGUUCUUGGGAAUUGCUGUUGGCAUCAUCUUUGGCCUAAUCUAUGCCAUUUGGGACAACAACAGCCGCUACAUCAAGCUGUUUGCAGCAAAAUCCGCAACGCCCGAGUCCCGCCUGCCACCUGCGAUUGUUGGAGGUGUCGCCCUCCCCAUUGGCAUGUUCGCCUUUGCCUGGACAAACUACCCCAGCAUCCACUGGUCUGUCAGCAUCAUCCUGUCUGCACCGUUUGGAUUCGGCUGCGUGCUCGUCAUCCUGCCGAUCAUGAACUAUUUGAUCGACACUUACACCAUCUAUGCGGCCUCUGUCCUGGCUGCAGCUGCCAUCUUCCGCUCGGUCGUGGGCGCUGUGUUUCCCCUUUUCACAACACAGAUGUACCACAAUAUGGGAAUUCACUGGGCUUCCUCUAUCCCGGCAUUCUUGACUCUUCUAUGCAUGCCAUUCCCGUUGAUCAUGUAUCGCUACGGUGAAGCGGUCCGGAUGAAGUGCAAGUACUCAUUCGAAGCGGCAGAGAUGAUCAGGAAAAUGCAAGUGCAGCAAACAGCUGCUACUAGUACUACGGAGAAGGAAGGGUUCGUCGCCUGA